GCGCCGUGGUGGGAUACCUGCACAGCGAGAUCAAUCGCCUGAUCCGCUCCACAAUGGCAAAGUUCGUCAAGAUGUCAGUAAUCUCGGCGGCAGCAGACGUAACAAAGGUUGACUUUGAGACCCGCGACAACCAGCACGAUGAUGACACGAUCGCAAUAGGCCACGCCACACGUACCUACCUUGACGAGGCUCCCCCGGAGGUCCAAGCAUCCUUUUUCAGGAAGGUGAGGGCGUUCUACGUUGACCACGAAAAUGCUCACAAAGUUUCCGGUCAACGAUGAGGUAUUGAAGGCCCUAAGUUUCCUGCGUCCAGAGAACAGACAGAACACAUCGACAGAGUCUGUAGUCAAGCUGUCCGUGCGGCUAGGUGUGGGAAAUCCAGAUCGUAUUCAUGAUGAAUUCGUCGAUUUCCAGCUGCUUUCAGAAAGCGCGUUACCCCCUUACGUUGAGGGAAUGGCACUGGACCCCUUCUGGUCGUGCAUUGCCAGCAUGAAAACACCGCUACAGAAGGCUUUGUUCCCGCAACUCUCUGCACUUGCAUUUGCAGCGCUGUCAAUCCCGCAUUCAAACGCCGAUCCUGAACGUUGUUUCAGCGCCCUGAAAAAAAAUCAGAAAGAAGAAAGAGAAAAUCUGGGACAUAAAACGGUUGAGGCGUUGUUGAGAAUAAAAAUGAACACUAAGAGGGUUUGCUUCAACCAAAACCCUACCUCAGAAAUGUGUACGGCCACGCAUUCCGUGUGUAACUGAUGUAACUGUUCGGUGUAUAGUGUACUGUAACCCGUACUUUCAGUCUACUGGAUAGCCUCCCCUUUGCCAUUGAAAUUAAUAUAAUGAGUAUUGUUGAAUGUUCUAGAUUUUGUACUCUUAAAAAGAUGAAUAUUAUCUUCGUUGUUUGCUAUUGUCUUAUUUAAUAAAACUGUUAUUGUUAUGUUUUAGAUUUCAUGCUUCAUAUCAGAUGUUUUAUGUCUUGAACAAAAGUAUCAAGAGUUUUUGUUAGUACUAUACUGACUAUAUUAAAGGUGGAAUGAUAGAUCGUUUUAGGUGUCCUGCUUUUUGGUCAAAUGUCCCGACAUUUUUUUAUGGAAUGUCCCGCUUUGGACCUAAAAAAUUAUGGCAUGUAUGGUUACUGUUAGCACAAUAAAUCAAAUUAAUAUGUGUCAUGAUCCAUCUUCUUCAAACCAGUUAAGGUUUUAAACCAGAAAUGAACGUUGUGUAAAA